AUGGAACUCCUGGAACCCAGUUCAAGCAAUCUGUCUUCAUCUUCAGGAGAAGACCAACCCAAGUCUUCCCGCCGGCGGAGAAUGGUCGUUGCCCUCACAGGAGCAACGGGGUCUAUUCUAGGGAUCAAAACACUCAUUACCCUUCGUCGACUGAAUGUGGAGACCCACCUCGUCAUCAGUAAAUGGGCUGAAGCAACAAUCAAAUAUGAAACCGACUAUACUAUCGCAAAUGUUCGUGCCUUGGCAGACUAUGUCUACAGUGUCCACGAUAUGGCGGCGCCGAUAUCCAGCGGCUCUUUCCGUGUUGAUGGAAUGGUCAUUGUACCAUGCAGUGUAAAGACACUUGCUGCGAUCAACUCUGGGAUUUGCAACGAUCUAAUCUCCCGGGCUGCAGAUGUGAUGCUCAAAGAGCGUCGUAGGCUGGUCCUCGUUCUCAGGGAAACCCCGCUCAGCACAAUACAUUUGCACAAUAUGGUUUCCGUUACGCAGGCUGGUGCUAUUAUCUGUCCACCAGUGCCUGCAUUCUACAUUAAACCUUCGUCGAUAGAUGAUUUGGUGGAUCACAGUGUGGGCCGGAUGCUGGACCUUUUCGAUUUGGACACAGCUGAGUUCGAAAGAUGGGAAGGAUGGAAAAAAUAUUAA